GAAAAUUGUUCCCAGGUGUACCCUUCAAAGGAUGCUAGCACACAGUCAAAGAGGGAAGCCAGCAGCCAAGUGCCCCGGCCCCAGAUUUAUGUAGCUGGUUUCCGCGGGGGCCAUACCAAGACCACCUGUGAAAUCAAGAAAAUGUCAAUUUAUUAUUCAAGUUAUACUGCUUGGCAGUGAUGACCCUGGUGGCUGCAACUUACACCAUAGCUUUAAGAUACACAAGGACAUCAGACAAAGAACUCUACUUUUCAACCACAGCCGUGUGUAUCACAGAAGUUAUAAAGUUAUUGCUAAGUGUGGGAAUUUUAGCUAAAGAAACUGGUAAUCUGGGUAGAUUCAAGGCAUCUUUAAGAGAAAAUGUCUUGGGGAGCCCCAAGGAACUGAUGAAGUUGAGCGUGCCUUCCUUAGUGUAUGCUGUGCAGAACAACAUGGCUUUCCUGGCUCUCAGCAAUCUGGAUGCAGCAGUAUACCAGGUGACGUACCAGUUGAAGAUUCCUUGUACUGCUCUAUGUACCGUUCUAAUGUUAAACAGGACGCUCAGCAGGUUACAGUGGAUUUCAGUUUUUAUGCUGUGUGGAGGAGUCGUCCUCGUACAGUGGAGACCAGCCCAGGCCACAGGCGUCGUGGUGGAACAGAAUCCAUUAUUAGGGUUUGGUGCUAUAGCUGUUGCUGUAUUGUGCUCAGGAUUUGCAGGAGUGUAUUUUGAAAAAGUUUUAAAGAGUUCUGACACUUCCCUUUGGGUGAGAAACAUUCAAAUGUAUCUAUCAGGGAUUGUUGUGACAUUAGUUGGCGUCUACUUGUCAGAUGGAGCUGAAAUUAAAGAAAAAGGAUUUUUCUAUGGUUACACAUAUUAUGUCUGGCUUGUCAUCUUUCUUGCUAGUGUUGGAGGCCUCUACACUUCUGUUGUGGUCAAGUACACAGACAACAUCAUGAAAGGCUUUUCUGCAGCAGCAGCCAUUGUCCUUUCUACCAUUGCUUCAGUGAUGCUGUUUGGAUUACAGAUAAAUAUGACCAUUAAGAUAAUGCAAAAACAGGCUUCCCUGGUGGCUCAGUGGUUAAGAAUCUGCCUGCCAAUGCAGGGGACACGGGUUCGAGCCCUGGUCCGGGAAGAUCCCACAUGCCAUGGAGCAACUAAGCCCAUGCGCCACAGCUGCUGAGCCUGCGUGCCACAACUACUGAAGCCUGUGUCCCUAGAGCCUGUGCUCCACAAUAAGAGAAGCCACCGCAAUGAGAAGCCUGUGCACCGCAACCAGAGAAAGCCCGCGUACAGCAAUGAAGACCCAACACAGCCAAAAAUAAAAUAAAUAAAUUAAAAAAAAAGAAUGCAGAAACAUAAACACAAGCCCAAAACAUUAAAUUUUUUACUUUCUGUAUGUUGGAAUUUUAUCUAGGCUCUUUGGUUGCAAAAAAUGGCUAUAAACCUCUUCCACCUAGCCUUAAAAAAAAAAAAAAAGAAUUUAUAAGGACUGCAGUCAAGGCUGUAUGGCUCUAGGUUGCAGGAAUUAAUGAACAGCCUUUUCAGAGAGCUGCUUUCAGAAAGACUUGGCUUUAACCAUCACUGUCCCUUGUGUCAUUUUACUCAAGAUUCAAAUAUAAGGAAGGGACUUACCUGGGGGUCCAGUGGGUAAGACUCCAUGCUCACAAUGCAAGGGGCCCAGGUUCGAUCCCUGGUUGGGGAACUAGAUCCUGCAUGCAUGCUGCAACUAUGGGUUCACAUGUCUCAACUGAAGAUCCCACACGCAGCAACUAAGGCCCGGCGCAGCCAAAAUAAAUAAAUAGAUAUUAAAAACGAACAACCGCCCCCCCCCCCCAAAAAAAACCAAAUACUAAGCAACCUACCACAGAUCUGGGAAGGGGAAUGUUUGUUCAAAGAAGGGGAGGGAGAUACUGGAUGUGUAAAAAAUGUCCCAACUUUUUAUUCCAUGGCUGAUUUGUGCUGUGAAAUACUGAUGAUACUUUAAGUAGAAAAUAAACAAUCUGGAAGAUAAUUCACUUAAAAUUGGAGUCUUUUCUAGGAUUAAGAAGGUAUACCAUACUUGCCAAUAUAAAACUAUGCUCAUUCAACUAAAGAAGCUUUAAUUCAUGCUAAUUUGCUUCUCUAUGCAUAAAAUUAGAUUGUCAUUGGUAUUCAGAAGAUUUCUAGUAGCAAUAGUUAGAAUAAAUUAUAACAGAUUAGAAUGGAAAUUCUCAGAUGAGGAUAGCUGUAACCAUCAAACAGAUCACAUCCUACUCAUGUUUCCUAAGCAGGUCACACAAAAUAUAUUUACCAAUAUGCAGAUACAUGAAACUGUUUGAGAAACUCCAUUUCAAAUGUGGUUUAAUGGACUAAUUUUUACAAAGAUCCUAAUUCGAUAUCUGUAAAGUAAUUCCUUGUUAUUCAAAUGUGUUCAAUGCCCCAGUUCACAUAGUCUGGUAAGAGUUACCUGUAUAUGGCCAUGAAAAGUAUGAGACCUGUUCUCUGGGAGUAGCUGUCAGCUGUAUUGACAAAACUCAAUUUUGUUCUCCCGAAAUUUAUUAAGAACAGUCAUAAUUCUAAGAAAAUUGAGAUUUUUCUUCCUCAUCAAUUUUAAAACAUGGAAACAGAUAAUCUCAGUUACAAGAAGAGUUUCUGGAUGAAUGGCACUGUAAGAUGUCAAGGCAGAGGAGAUUGGAUGGCAGAGGAGGAGGAAGUGGAACUCACCUCCCCCCAUGAACACCUCAAAAAUAUAUCUACAUGUGGUGAAAAGAUGCUCAUCAUUGCUAAUUAUUGGAGAAAUGCAAAUCAAAACUACAAUUAGGUACCACCUCACACCAGAACAGCCAUCAUCAAAAAGUCUACAAAUAACCAGUGCUGGAGAGGGUGUGGAGAAAAGGGAACCCUCUUACACUGUUGGUGGGAAUGUAAAUUGGUGCAGCCACUAUGGAGAACAGUAUGGAGGUUCCUCAAAAAACUAAAAAUAGAAUUGCCAUAUGAUUCAGCAAUCCCACUACUGGGCAUAUAACCAGACAAAACUAUAAUUCAAAAAGAUAUGUUCACGCCUAUGUUCACAGCAGCACUAUGCACAAUAGCCAAGACAUGGAAACAGCCUAAAUGUCCAUCGACAGAUGAAAGGAUUAAGAUGUGGAAUAAAUAAACAAUGGACUAUUACUCAGCCAUAAAAAAAAGAAUGAAAUAAUGCCAUUUGCAGCAACGUGGAUGGACCUAGAGAUUAUCAUUCUAAGCAAAGUAAGUCAGAAAAAGACAAAUACCUUAUGAUACUUCUUAUAUGUGGAAUCUAAAAUAUGACACACAUGAACAUAUCUACGAAACAGAAACAGACUCAUACAUAGAGAAUAGAGUUGUGGUUGCCAAGGUAGGGAAGGAAUGGGAGUCUGGGAUUAGUAGACGCAAACUAUUAUACAUAGGAUGGAUAAACAACAAGGUCCUACUGUAUAACACAGGGAACUAUAUUCAAUAUCCUGUGAUAAACCAUAAGUGGAAAAGAAUAUGAAAAAGAAUAUGUACAACCAAAUCACUGUACGGCAGAAAUUAACACAACAUUGUAAAUCAACUAUACUUCAAUAAAAAAUUUUUAAAAAGUAAAAAAAAAAA